GCGCCCUUCGCUCCUCAACUGCUCCAGCGCCCUCUGUUUUCUUCUUCCUCUUCAUAUUUUCAUCACUCACCACACACGCUCCAUCUCGACAGUACCGACGUCCUCUUACAACCACUCUUUAUUUUCGAGUCAAUCUCAUUCACAUUAACAAUCAAAAUGACUGGAGGAAAAUCCGGCGGCAAGGCCAGCGGCAGCAAGAACGCUCAAUCCCGUUCAUCCAAGGCGGGUCUUGCUUUCCCCGUCGGUCGUGUUCAUCGUCUUCUCCGCAAGGGUAAUUACGCUCAGCGUGUCGGUGCUGGUGCUCCCGUCUACUUGGCUGCCGUCCUAGAAUAUCUCGCAGCUGAAAUUCUUGAGUUGGCUGGUAACGCCGCUCGUGACAACAAGAAGACCCGUAUCAUUCCCCGUCAUCUCCAGCUUGCCAUCCGUAACGACGAGGAAUUGAACAAGCUCUUGGGACACGUCACCAUCGCCCAAGGUGGUGUUCUCCCCAACAUUCACCAGAACCUCCUUCCCAAGAAGACUCCCAAGAGCGGAAAGGGUCAGAGCCAAGAGCUUUAAAUUGCUUUCAUGUUUUAGUGUUUUUCCUUCAUAUCGUUUCUGCUUUCCGUUUCGGCGUGGUUUGGUUUCCUUAUUGACGAGGUAAUGGGGUUAUGGACUGGGCACAUUCAUGGCUCUUGAUUUUUUUUUUUUACAUGGUUGUACAUUAUGUCUACGGACAUGGUCUCUACUGGCAGCUUGCGAUGGGUAUUCAUUUGAGUCGAUAUAAUUAUCGAUUCCAAAUUAGCUUUUAGAAUACUGAAUCCUUCUGGUUUUCACCUU